AUGUCUGACGAGGAUCUUCGGAACGCCAUCCUGCAGCUAACGAAUCUCAUCACGAGGCAGCAGCAGCAAAUUGAAAACCUGGAAAAUCGGGGAAAUCCGACUGCUGGCAGUGAGAAGAUUAUUGAGUCCUUGGCAAGCGGGAUCCAGGAUUUCCAGUACGAUCCGGACGGAGGAGUUUUCUUCGAUGGCUGGUAUGCAAGGUACGAGGAUGUCUUUACAAAGGACGGCCAAUCCCUGGAUGACGCCACCCGUGUGAGAUUGCUUCUUCGCAAGUUAAGCACGCCUCUGCACGAGAAGUACGUCAACACCAUUCUUCCCAAGCAUCCCCAGGACCUCACCCUGGACGAAACCGUCACGAAACUGAAGAAACUGUUCGGUCGACAGAAGUCGGUUUUUCAUUCCCGUUACCAGUGCCUCCAGUAUGUAAAAAGUGACGCGGAUGACUUCACAUCGUAUGCUGCCAUGGACAACAAACACUGUGAAGCGUUUCAGCUGUCCAAGCUCACACCGGACCAAUUCAAAGCUCUCCGUUUCGUCUGUGGACUCCAAUCGCCACGGGAUGCGGACAUACGAGCUAGAUGCAAGCAACAAGGACACAAGGAAGGUUAUUGCAACAGCAACAAGAAUGCGCCGUCGAAACCGUUCAAACAGGCCAAAUCCAAAGAGAACGUGAAGACAAAAAGCAUCUGCACGGUUCGCAACAUCGGAAGCAAGCGGAAGUUCAUCCCGGUCGAGCUCAAUGGUGUAGCAGUCAAACUUCAACACGACUCGGCGUCCGACAUCACCAUAAUCUCAGAAGAAACAUGGAUCAGCAUCGGACAGCCACCCACUCAACCGACGGAAGAAUCUGCAGUUACAGCUUCUGGUGGCAAUCUCAACCUUCUCGCUGAGUUCCAGACCAAGAUCACCAUCAAAAAUGUUACCAAGACUGGUCGCAUUUUCAUCUCAAGCAGCGCUGAACUCAACGUUCUAGGAAUCGAGACUAUGGAUCUGUUCGAUUUGUGGUCUGUGCCGAUAAGCAGCUUGGUCAACGUCGUACACCAAUGUUCUGAUCAGUUCACCAAUCAACUUAAGCAACAGUUUCCGGAAGUUUUUCGAAGCACGCUGGGUAGAUGUACAAAAGCGCAAGUGAAGUUGUACCUCAAGCCUGACGCACGUCCUGCAUAUUGCCCGAAACGACCAGUAGCGUACGCUGCACUCGCCAAGGUGGACGCAGAACUUGAGAGGCUCCAGCAAAACGGUAUAAUUUCUCCAGUUCAAUUCUCGGACUGGGCAGCACCAAUAGUCGUCGUACGCAAGUCGGACAAUGUAUUAGGCCGUGUAUGUGGCGAUUAUUCGACGGGGCUGAACAACGCGCUAGAAUGUGACCAUCAUCCACUGCCUCAUCCUGACGACCUCUUUGCGGAACUAGCUAGAGCACGUUACUUCACUCAUCUCGAUUUGUCUGACGCUUACCUACAGGUCGAGGUCAAGGAGGAAUCGCGAAAGCUACUCACGGUCAACACGCAUUGUGGACUGUUCCAGUAUAACCGACUACCCCCCGGAGUCAAGUCGGCACCCGGCGCUUUCCAGCGCAUCAUCGACAGCAUGGUGGCCGCAGUCAAGCCGUAUUUGGACGACAUCCUCAUCGCUGGUCGCACCAAGCAGGAACACGAUCGCAGUCUCUACGCUGUUCUCGAGCAGAUACAAGCCAUUUCCAAGAUGCAGUCUCCGAAGGAUGUCCAGCAACUCCGUUCCUACCUCGGUGCUGUCAACUACUAUGGUAGAUUCGUUAAGCAGAUGAAGCAACUCAGGGCUCCUCUGGACAGCCUCCUCAAGAAAGAUGCACGCUGGAACUGGACCAAGGAUUGCCAGAAGUCUUUCAAGCAGCUCAAGGCCAUUCUACUUUCCGACCUGCUGCUUACACACUACGACCCGUCCAAGGAAAUCGUUGUUGCAGCAGAUGCAUCGAAGUACGGCCUUGGCGCUGUCAUCAUGCAUCGAUUCCCGACCGGUGAAGUGAAGGCAAUUGGACCUUUGGACCUACUGAAGAAACCUGUUCCUGUAACUGAAGCUGUCAAGAACCACAAACAAAACGAACAGUUCAAUUGGCGGCAUGGAGCAGUCAAGCGCGAGUUUGAAGAAGAUGACCUGGUCUACGUUGAACAGCAUCGCAGAAACACAAAGUCCUGGAUACCUGGUCGAGUCAUCGAACGGAAAGGUUCCGUCAACUAUAUCGUUGCACUGGACAUGAACGGGAGACCGAAGCUGAGCAAGCGACGCAGCAACUACCAUGGGAAAUCCUGCUUGAUGAAAUUCAAGAUGAAGCUGUACCGUUGGAUCCAGAAGUGCCAUUCAAUCACGAUAUCCCUAUUCCUGUUGGUUCCGUAUCACUCGAAGCUGUUGGUCAAGUGGCAAGUACGUCUGGCGAAAAUCCUUUUUCGACAAUCGAUCAUGAACCUGCUGCUCAAGAUGGAGAACUUCAGUCCGCACAAAAGCCCGUGUCAUCUGAAGCAGUUGGAGACUUUAUUCGACGUUCUAAAGUGCUACUGUGUUACCUGA